AUGGCGCCUCCUACCGAAAGUCUUAACCUCGACGUUGCCGCUAUCUCUGGUAUUUGCGGCUCCGUCUCGAUUGCCUGCUGGGUCGUCGUCUUCUCUCCUCAGAUCAUCCAAAACUUCCAACGCAGCAGUGCCGACGCUCUUUCCGUCCAAUUCAUUAUAGUUUGGCUAGUGGGAGAUGUCUUCAACAUCCUUGGUGCCGUCUUGCAGGGCGUCCUUCCGACAAUGAUCAUCCUGGCCUUUUACUACACGAUUGCUGAUAUUGUCCUCCUCGCGCAAUGCUUCUACUACCGAGGAUUCACUUGGCGUGACGAACCCGCCUCGCCUGCACCGAAGCCAGCCACAAAUGCGCACGACGCACCGAACGAACGAACAAAUUUGCUAGAGCGUGCUCAUUCGCGCGAGCGCCGUGGAUCAGACUGGUCUGGAUUGUCGCCUGCAGUCCCUCACAUUGCCGAUACGCCAGCUCCGGCGCCCCCGACCGCGUUGCAGACGGUGCUUUGGAAUACGCUGGCGGUGGGCAUGGUUGUUGCUGCUGGCAUCCUGGGAUGGUUCCUCGGCCAAAAGGCCACGAAAAACGACGGCUCUUCGCGUCGCGAUGAAGACGAGCCUUUGGAGUUCAAUGUUCUUGGACAGGUGUUUGGCUGGCUCUGCGCUGUCUCUUACAUCGCCUCACGCCUACCGCAGCUGAUCCUGAACUGGAGGCGCAAAACGACCGAUGGGCUUAGUAUGCUCUUCUUCCUCUUCGCCUGCCUGGGAAAUCUCACGUACGUGCUGUCCAUCUUCGCCUACGAGCCGAACUGCCAGCAUGCAAACCAUUGCAUGCCUGGCGAGGCGCAGAGGAUAUACGGGCGGUACAUUCUCGUGAACCUGAGCUGGCUGCUGGGCGCGCUUGUGACACUAUUGCUGGACCUUGGGGUCUUUGCGCAAUAUUUCAUCUACAACGGCAACUCGGAAGACAGUCCUUUGCUGGUCAAUGGUGUGGACGACGACGAGGACAGCAUCAACAACGAUAGAUGGGACCAGAGGCCAUUGCUGGCACGAGAAGACUCCAGGUAG